AAUAAUAAAAUAAUCUAAACCCUAAGUCGUGGUUUCUUCCUAAAGAAACUGUCGCAGCUUCCGCUCCUCCCCGACACUUCUGCUUCCCCAACGAGUCGCAGCAGUACCAGCACCCAACGGCAGCACCACCAACACCCAACGACGGCUGUAAGCUGUACCGACGACAGACACACGCCUCAGCACCCAACCAGUUCCAGCCAUAGCACAAAGACAGUCGCACGUCGGACCCAACCACAGUUGCACGACGCUGCUUCCUCGGUUAAACGACAGCCGCACGCCGCACCCAACACAGCCGCACGACACUGCUUCCUCUGUUUGUAUGAAUGUGUAAUUAUCCUUGAGAAAAUUAACAUGGGACCUGACUUGGAGAAGUCAAAAGCUUCUACUGAAGCAUUUGAUAGUAAAGAUAAUGGAAGUGUUCCUCAAGUUUCAGAAGAUAAACUUGUGCAAUGUGUAAGUAACUAUGAGGACAAGAAUUUUCAUGAAGAAGCCGUAAAUGACGACCGACCUAAGGUACUGGCUGGCAGUGAAGAUAUGGAGAUCAAUAUAAUUGAGUGUACAAAAUCUGGUGAUAAUGAACAAGUUGAAGCUAUAUGUGAGGAUCAAACUGAGAGUAUGAGUUCUUUUGGUGACACAUUAUCUGAGACUGAGAAUGGUCCAGUGAUGGAUGAUACUGAAGUUGAGUCACAAUUAUGUGUUGGUGUUGCUCCAGCAUCAAUAUUUAAUGAAUACAGUGGACCAUUUCAAAUGAGGAGGAAAAGGUUGACGGAUCAUUGGAGGAGAUUUAUACGUCCUCUUAUGUGGCGCUGCAAGUGGAUUGAACUGCAAAUUAAAGAAUUUCAGUCCCAAGCACUAAAAUAUGACAGGGAGCUUGCAGAACAUGAACAGAGAAAGCAAAUUGAUACAUUUGCAGAAGAAGGAUUUGAUGCCAGGUCACGGCCAUUUUUAGGUUGUACUCAAAGCAAGAAAGUCAUGAAGAGAAAGAAAAGAAGAAGAGUUGAAGAGAUGACUGAUAUAACAUCAUAUAUGCUGCAACAUAACCUCUUCUCCUACUAUGAAAAUAGGAAGUCUGCUGCCAGUGGUGCUCCCAUGAUUAACGAUUGUGGUAAUCUAGAUAAGACGAUCAAUAGUAAUGAUGAGUUUGGGUUGCAAGAAGGAUGGGAAUCUCUUGAAUCCAAAGGUGUUGAUAAUAUCCGUGAAGAUACUCUAUGGAAGAUUGAAGUGUUGCAAUUGCAGGUCCAUAAAUUGAAGGCUCGGAUUGAAAAGGUGGUGAGUGAAAAUCCUGGGAAGUUCUCUUCUCUUAACAGGCUGAGUGCUCCUGCAUCUUGUGAUGCAUUGACCUGUUCUGAUCAAAAUCCUGCUUCCUCUCUUGAAAAUGGAGAGAGAAUGCCUGCUAGAUCACAAUACACCUUAUCUCAGCAUAUGUCUGACAAUAAUGUAGACCUUAUGCCUGAAACUGCUGUUUCAAGUCAUGGAGAGGUCACCCCUCUUCCUGAUAUGAUUGAAAGCACAAGUCAGGCUCAGGUUGGGGUUUCAAGUGAAAAUAUUAUCUGUCCGUAAAUAGCAAUAUUGAUCACCAUCACCUGUUCUAGCUGGUAGACAUCAAAUUCUCCUCAUGUCGGUACAAUCUUCUUUUUAUUGUCUCAUUAUUUAUUCUCUUUGGUGGGUGUUUUGCUCUGUCUGUCCAAAUAUUUCAACUCCAUAUAAUUAUAGAUGUUGCUCUUUGUGAUGCAACUGUAAAUGGAGAAAGGGUGAUGGCUUUGGUGGAAUUUUCACGUUUGUGCAAGUAAAACCAUCUUACUUUUGGAGUGAAGGACUAUUUGAUUAACGAGGUCAUAUGUCAUCUUACCAUGAAUGAGUAAAUUGACUUGUAUAUCCAUUUGAGUUGUCCUCCAUCCUUUUAUGAUAUCACCUGGGUGAAUUGGAAAUGAUAUGCAGAUUCUUCUUCGGCCAACUUGAUUGGAAAUCACUGUUAUGCUUCAUCUGAUUUUGGUUCUAGUUUUUACCCCUAUUCAUAAUUGUAGGUUUGGUCAUGGGAGAUCGAGUUGCUCAUACUAGUGUUUGUUGGACAAUUUUCUCAGCUGAACUUGGAGCUGAUUACUAUUGCCAUGGUGACUUGAUAUUCUGUGGACUCGUGUAAUUUGAAACUGAUUUUUGUGCUCCAUAUCUGCAGACUAAAGAGGGAACUCUGAUUCACAAUCAGGAAAGCAAGGAAAAGAUGCAGGACUU